UUUUAAAAUUUAAGUUACAAAAAGUGAACUAAACUAUUAUUAUGGAUAAAUCACAACCGCCACCAUAUUCACCACCCGGUUUUACACCAGCUCAGGUCUACCAGCCCGGUCAGCCACAACAACCCUUAUAUCCACCUAUGCCACAGCCACAACCGCUACCACAGCAAUCUACUGUUAUCAUACAGACAACAACACGACCAAAUCUAGUGGCCAUUGGUAAUGGACCUACACAUAUCCAGUGUCCAUCAUGUCAUGCUGAAAUUUUAACAACUGUCAAACAUACUGCCAAUUCAAGAACACAUUGCUGGGCCCUGGUUUUAUGUCUGUUUAUCUUCCAAAUUUACGAACGAAUAGCAACAACAACCAACACCAGCCAAAAAUUGCUGGCUUGCGUUUGUGUACCCUACUGUAUGGAUUCCUGCCAAAGUGCCAAUCAUUAUUGCCCCAAUUGUAAUGCCUACAUUGGAACCUACGAUAACUAAUAUUUAUUUUAUGAUUUUUUUAAAAGCUUUGAUCCUUAUUAUUAUUUUAUUAGU